CGGCGCGGCCGGCGUCGCGGCGGGCACUUCCGGGAGCCCUCGCGUGUCCGUUGGUCUGUCGGCACGCACUCCCCCGAGCGCGGCGCGUCAGGCAGGGAGAGCCGGCCGCAGACCUUCGGGACGGAGGCGAGCCCCGGACAGCCUUCGGUAAGGGCGGCAGGCUCUGGGCAGCCGCGGCCCCGGAGCGGGGAGAGGGGUCCGCGGACAGCAGCCCGCGGGGACCGUCCGACCCGGGGGGCUGGAUCGCGGCGCGUGGGCGGGCCCCGUGGUUCCGUGAAGGGCCGCCCGCCGCCUGCCCCAGCCCGGGGAGGACAGCACCAUCCCCGGCGCACCCGCUCGGGGCAUCAGCUUGUCCCUCUGAGCCCGCAGGGGGUGACCGGCCCCUUCCUGCCGGUGGCAUGCCCGGGGCCACGCGGCGUGGGUGUGGGGCCGUUGCGCAUGGAGAGCGCUGCCGGCGGAUCCGCGGCGGAGUCGGCCGCCCGCUCCCCCGCAGCCGGUUGCAGCCCCCCAGCCCCGCUCCCGGAGCGCGGCAGGACGAGCCGACCCCGCAGCGGACUCCGCAGACGGAGCCGUGGUAGCCCGCGCCUGCCCAGCUGUGGGCGGAGCUGGGGGGCCGCUGCCUGCCCUGGGCAGCUUGCCCCAGCCCUGGCUCUCCAGGCGUGGACUCCCUGUUCCGGGGAGCUCCUUGGUGCCCGUCGCCCACGGGGAGCAGGUUUGACUCUGUCUUUUCUGUGUCUUGCCCAGAUGUGUCCUGUCCCCAGCACUGUCCCUCGACAGCCCACCUGCUGUGAGUGCCAGGCCAGAUUCGGGGGCUUCCUGCCGGUGCCCAGGGUCCAGGCGGCAUUGCCUUACUGGGUCCCUUUGUCCCUGAGACCCCGAAAGCAGAUCCAAAAGAUGGUCCGGUUUUAUAUCCCCAAAACCUCCGAGGCAUGCUCCUGCUUAUGCCACCGCUUUGGGGGCCGGCUCCCGAUGCCUAGGGAUCAGGCCGUGAUGCCCUACUGGGUGCCCCAGAUCCUGAGGCCUCACAAGAAGGUGUUGAAAAGGCCGCGGAGUUGUAAAGGCAUCCAAGAACGCCCCCUGGACUUGCACUCCUGGUACAACCGCUGGCGGAUCUGCUGUGACGGGCGCCUCCUCCUCAAGUGGCAACAGCUCCAGGCCAUUUACCAGCACGAGCCACUGGCCCCAGAGAGGGGAGUGAGCCCCCCGGCCCCCUUCCUGCCCUUCAGCCUCCUCACCCUCCUGCAGGUGGUCCUGAAGGUCGUGUUGGCCAUUCGCCACUUGUUCUGGUUUUGAAGUUGGAAUCUUCAGCCACUGCCGAGAACAUCAACGAAAAUGUCCGUCAUAAUGAAGGUCUUUAACGAGAAUGUCAAGUCAGGGGAGUGCGCGAUAGCCACGGUUCUCUCAGGCCCCAGGAGUCACACCCGGGGUUGGGUCCAGGCUCUCAGCAGGCAGUGCUUCGUGGCGGCACAGCUGCUGUGGACGCGGGGGAGACUCCGGCGAACGCGGCCAAUAAAUGUUAUUUGUGAAGCUC